AUAUGGAUGUUAAAGGUUUCAGAGUUCACGGGAUUCCUUCAGGGACCAACCCUAGAGACAUCUACGACUAUUUUGAAAAAUCGGAAAAUGGAGGCACAGAAAUUGAGGAUAUCUAUUACCCUCUGCAGAACAAUGAUGCAGUUGUUGUUUUUACAAAUGAUGGAUACCAACGUGCUUUUGACAAGAGUCACUCCAUGAGUGGCAAUAAAUUGGUAUUGAGUAAGCUUCCAAUACAGCUUUUCUCAAACGUCUCUGUCUACCUGGAACAAGCAAUAACACAGCUUCUGGAUGAGAACCCCCCGCUUAUGAGAAACCUUGAAAAUGACAGUGAUGUUGAAGUAGUGUUCGAUGCGAAAUUCAUGACGUACAGGGUUGUAGGGAAUCCCUUCCAAAUCGAAUGGACAAAAAAUUUCCUCUCAGACGCAUGGCACAAACAUGAGGAAAACAAGAAAAAAUUGACAAAUGGAUCAACAAACGGAACAACAGAGGGAAAAAGUGAGGCAGUGGGCAGAAGAUCUUCGCCAAUGAUGAAUAGCGAAGAAUCAGAUUCUUCCGAGGAUGACCUAUCAUAUUCCCCCCGUAUGACUUAUGGUGGUAAACAGAAUAGAACGGACAUGGAUCGCCGUUAUAGUCCAACGCCAAGGGAUCUCUCAUCAGUUUCCAAGAAGACAAAGAAAUCCGGUGAUCAUGACAGAGAAACUUUUGGAAGCAAUAUUUCAAGUUCAGAAGUGUACCCUCAAACAUCAAAUGUAAAGUUUAACUCGCAGGUUCUGGAAAAAAUGGAUUCGCCCUUAAGAAUGUCAGACUGCAGGCUUUCCUCAAGUGACCCAAGAUCUUCAAAAUCGUCCUCUGUCUCACGCAAACCAGAUGCUGCGGAUAAAUUUGCAGAUAAGACCAAACCCAAAACAAAACUGCAGAAUUUAACAGAUAAUGAGAAGCACAGAAUUCCGUUCAAUGCAUCAUCUCUUUCACAAAACAGAUAUAACCCCAGUCAGUCGUUAUUUGCACCAUCAGUAAACAAGAAAACACCCCAAGUCUUCAAUAAUUAUGACAGUGACUCGGACAGUGAUGACGUCAUCAUAGGUAGACGAGGUCCAGAGGAAUUCUCGGUUAGAGACGAAGAAAGGAGGUUCAGGUCACCACCACCAAUACCACCACCGCCCUCGCGGAAUCCCCAUACUAUCUUCCCACCGAACAGAAACUUUCAGAUGGGCAUGUCUCUCUGUCAGUCAGACUUCCCUGAGCUGGCCUUGGAGCACGAAACACCCAUAGGUGGAGUCAUAGUAAAGCUAAUUAUGGGUGAUAUUCUAACACAAAAGUCUGACGCCAUUGUUAGUCCAGCCAGCACAGAUUUGUCAACACUUUAUGGAAUAUCUGCUGUGAUAGCUAGAAAUGCUGACAGGAAAAUGAGACAAGAAUGUGCUGAUUACAUUGCUAAAAAUGGCAAUCUGCUUUUUGGUGACGUAAUACAUACAUGUGCAGGCGGUAACCUUGAUCCCAAGGUCACUUACAUUCUGCAUGCUGCUGUUCCCUCCUGGAGAGAAGACAGUCCAGAACAGUCUUCACAUUUGUUGACCUGUACCUACCUUAACUGUUUUCAAUAUGCUGAUAAAAUCUGGCUCAGCAGCUUGUCAAUGCCGAUCAUCGGUGCUGGUUAUUUUGCGGCCCCCUUGGAUGUCUGCGUACAGUCAUUCCAUGAUGCCAUAUUAUUGUUUACACACGGUGCCAAUCCAUCUAAACAUCUAAAAGAGGUCCUACUUGUGAGCAAUGACCAGGACAGCGCAUGCUCAAGUGUUGUAGUAUUUAGAUCCUUGAUGGACCUAGAAGAGGAUCAAGCGUACAGAGCUGCCGUUGAACGAUACUGCAAAAGAAGUGAGCAGUAUGAUUUUUCUGCCAGAGAUUUUGUUCUCGGGAGGAGUUCACCAAGACAGGAUAUGGACGUAGGGAAAGAUCGCAGUGAAAAAAUUGACAAAGCCAAGGAAGAAAAAGGAGUCGACGAAGGUAAAUCGCAGCAGAAAAUAGAAAGUGAAGUGUCUGAUAAAAGUGAGUGUUUCGGUGCAUAUUCAAUAGAAAAUGAGAAAGAAAUGCACACUGGUAUUUGUCAGUCAGAGAGGUCAAAGGAGAAUAUAGAAGAGAGUCCUAGCAAGGGGCGGCAACUCAGUGACAGUGAUGACGAAACAAAAGAUCAAGAUGACGAAAACUGGACAAAAUCGAACGAAGAGUAUGCACAUAAUAAACACUUGGAAAGCGAUUUACACAAUAUGUCAUCGAAAGAAAAUGACGAUGCUUCUUUCCUCACUGAAGUGGUGGACGACACUGCGUCAUCAAGUGUCAUCGAAAAAUUAUUGACGACGUGCGGGUCAGACAAAAAUUCUGACGAUGAGAAAAGGGAUACGAACCAAUCCGAUGAUGAUAUCUAAAUGUCUUUCAAAUAU